AGGACCAAUAGUCACUAAUCGCUCAUCGAGCGGUUUUCAUUGGGCGGAGCCACAUGCCCACAUGUUAAGAGAAAAAGAGAGAAAGAAAGAUGGAGAGAGACUAAACGAAAACAAGAAAUGUAACCUCAAUGUAUUCGGUAUAUUUCAAACGUAUCUAUAUUCGAAUAAUUAUGAUAUAUACAUUCGAAAAGUAAUUUGUAUAAUUAAAACCGAAACAUCUUAAAAGUUUUCUCUAAAAUUAUGAUGUCCGUUCCACUUUUGACCAUCUCUCGGUUAUUGACAGCCGCUACUCGGUCAAAACGGCGUGUUGUUGUCACCGGCAUAGGAGUUGUAUGUCCUUUAGGAGUUGGAACGCGAAAUGCCUGGGAAGCUCUCAUUAAUUCCAAAUGCGGAAUCAUAAAACUGUCUGAACCUGAUUACGAGAAGCUACCUUGUAAAGUAGCUGCACUGGUUCCAAAAGGAAAUGCUUUUCAUCAGCUCAACAUUGACACCCACUUUACAAAGAGUGAGUUACGCACAAUGUGUCCUGCCACGGCAUACGCGAUGAUAGCUUCGGAGGAAGCACUCACAGAUGCAAAGUGGAAACCAGACAAUGAAAAUGAUAAACGUGACACUGGAGUUUCAAUAGGAAUUGGCAUGAUAGACCUGGUAGAUGUAUGCAUGACUUACGAAGCUUUAAAGAAGGGCUAUAGCAAAGUCAGCCCAUUCUUUAUACCCAGAAUAUUACCGAACAUGGCUGCUGGACAGAUCAGUAUCAAGUAUGGCUUCCGUGGACCAAAUCACUCUGUGUCAACCGCUUGUGCGACAGGCGCGCAUGCUAUUGGUGAUGCAUUCCGUUUUAUCCGCGGCGGUGAGACCAGCGUGAUGGUAUGCGGUGGUGCGGAGGCGUGCAUCAGUCCGUUGGCAAUAGCUGCGUUCUGUCGGCUGCGAGCGUUGAGCACUUCGAAAAACGAUUCUCCGCGAGAAGCGUCAAGACCGUUUGAUAAAGAUCGCGACGGUUUCGUCAUGGGCGAGGGCGCCGCGAUACUCGUGUUGGAGGAGCUGAAUCACGCUUUAGCCCGAAACGUGCCCAUCUACGCGGAAGUGCUGGGAUAUGGGCUAUCCGGCGACGCAUCACACAUUACAGCGCCCAGCGAAGACGGUAUCGGUGCAUUGUUGGCGAUGGAUAGAACGGUAAAGGAUGCCGGCAUCGAGAGUUCGGAGGUGACGUUUGUAAAUGCGCAUGCCACGUCCACACCGUUGGGCGACGGAAUCGAGCUGAAAGCGAUAGAGUCAUUGAUGGGCGAGCAUAGUAGAAAUGUGACGGUGACGAGCACCAAAGGAGCUCAUGGUCACUUGUUGGGAGCCGCCGGCAAUCUGGAGGCUGUUUUUACGAUCUUGGCGAUCAAGGAGGGCAUCAUACCGCCUACAUUGAAUUUGCACAACCUGGACAUGGAGACGCGCCUAAGGUUCGCAGCUCACACGAAAACAAAGUGGUAUUCUACCACACGUCGAACCGCUCUGAAGAACGCGUUCGGUUUCGGUGGGACGAAUGCAUGCUUAUGCUUCACGCAAUAUGUCGAUUGAACAGAUUCAAUUAUGAUUGCAUCUGGCGUAACCUUAUUACGUGGUGUCUUAUAGUGGUGUAAUAGUAACGAUUAGCAAUUUCCUAAAGUGGAUUCUAAGAGUGAGAAUAUUAAGACAAUAAUGGGAGCAUAAUAAGGAAUCACUACUGGCUGUAAGGUUUGUUAUGUGAUAUGUACAUACAACUGAACACAAAGAAGCAGAGAUUUGAUGGUGAAUGGAAUUUCACACACAAUGCAUCUAUUGCAACAGCAGCUAAUACUUUACACACAGUCUCCUCUUCUCUCAACCGUCGAUGGACUUUAUGUAAACGUUCCGCCAUACAUAUGCCUAAACAUAUUAUUACACUAACGUAGAUGUUAUAAAUCUGUACCUUCCCAUGAGUUCUGGCUGUGCGCGACCGAUAAUGGUACCGAUGUAAUUCGUCAUGGUUGGUAAGUGAAUGUGAUGAUCGGCUA